UGUCUACUCCAUGCGUUUUAAUAGUUUACCUUUUGAGUCAUUGUGGUCAAUGCCUUUCCCAUAUCCAGAAAAGACUGUUCAACUGUCUCACUAGGUCACUUUCUCAUGAUACAGACUGACAGCCCCCCUAUAUAUGCAAGAGUUCCUCAGUUUCAUAGAGAGAUUCUUCCCCAAACCCAUAUCUGUAAAUCACAAACACAAAUUUUUUUGUGAGGAUUGAUGGAUCAUCUCACAAGUCCCAAAUAUUUUCCUGGUCCACCAUCUGCAUUUCUCCCUAAUGGUGAAAUGCCAUUGGAAGCCAACCCAUUUGCAGACAACCUUCCAGUUCCAGACCCACUUUGCGAGCUCAGUCUUAAGGAAACCUCAGAGUUUGUCAAGUCAUUUCCAGCUAUAAACAAUGAAACCCAGACGAGGAAAGAGGGGGUGAACUCACAAAGGAGACUACUGGAAGCUCCUUCCACACCUGGUAGGCCAGUUUUUAGCUUCGGUGUUGGAAAUCGUUCAAGAAAGGGGUUUCCUUCAAAGUGGGAUGAUGCAGAAAAAUGGCUCAUGAGUAGCUCCUGCCAUGACUCUCCUUCUCAUGCCAUAAAGCCACCCCUAGAGUCCUCAAAGAACCAAAGACAAUGUGAUAACUUUAAGCAGCAAAUGGAAGUCUUUGCAGAGAAAUCAAGGGUCACAGAGGAAAAGGUCUCAAAGGUAGCUCCAAGUUUUCAACAUAACUCUGCUAGAGCUUUUAAUGGGUUCUCUUGCUCUACAGAUGUAUUUCUAAAAGACAAAUUCACCGACAAUGCGGAACUGGUUAGUACGAAUUCUAGAUACUCAGAGCCAUCAAAAGAAGGGUUUCUAUUUGGAAACUCAGCUGGUGGUGAAAUCAUGCUAGAUGCGCACUUGGAACUAAUUCAUGAGGUCCAACACAGAGAUGUUGGGACAGAGAUGACCCCUCUUGGAAGUUCCACCACUUCUAGAUGCCACACACCAUUCAAGAGCUAUUCGCCUGCUCGACAUAACACGCCUGCUAGUAGGUCAGGUCCAUUGGACUUGGGUAACUCUAACAACAGCUGUAGCACCAUUGACAUUGCCAAGCUGCAAGAGUGUCAUUUAGCUAAGCUACAACUUGGGAAUCGUUAUGACUCAGUUGCAUCGAAUUGGGUCUCGAGAGAAGAAGAGGAAGAGGAAAUAUCGAAGAGCCUGAGACAUAUUGAAAUCAGUGACGCUCUUCGGAGAAGUGUUUCUGAAUCAAGAGCUGCUGUUUGGGAAGAAGAGGACAAGACAAAGUGCUGCCUAAGAUACCAGAGAGAAGAAGCAAAAAUUCAAGCUUGGGUGAAUCUCCAAAAUACAAAAGCUGAAGCGCAAUCAAGAAAGCUUGAGGUGAAAAUACAGAAGAUGAAAUCGAAACUAGAAGAGAAGUUGAUGAAGAGGAUGGCAGACAUGCACCGAAAGGCCGAGGAAUGGAGAGUCACAGCCCGGGAACAACACACGGAACAAAUGAAUAGAGCUCGCGAACAAGGACAGAAGAUGAUGAACAGACAUAACUCACUAGUUUCUGGCCAUAGCUCUUGUGGUUGUUUUCCAUGUCGCCAUCACUACAAGCCAUGCAAGAAAGGAUCCGAUAUUUCUCUCGGACAACAAAGGAUACGAAAAUGUUUUCUCCUGCAACCAAAUCCACCAAGACGUUCCAGGGAAUAUUGAGUACUCUCUUUUUGACCCAGAUAAUUCAUGAGUUGUAGUGAUGACGAGCAGCUCCAUAAAAAGUAGUUAAUUCAUGUUUGAUGACAAAGCAAAAAGAAAUU